CUUCUUGAAUAUAACAAUAUUACCUGAGAUCGAAGUUGUUUGUUCAGCACAACAAUCGUCUAAGAUGGGGUUCAUCAACAAUCCUCUGCCUUCGUCCAUGCGAAGCGAAUGCAAGAAGUGCGGCAAGAUUUUGGCGUCCUUCAUUGAUCCUCGACAAGCAUUUGGACCUGAUAAAAUCAUCCCGCCCUCAGUACUUUCAAACGCCAAAGGUCUCGCGAUCAUUACCGUCUUCAAAGCCGGUUUCCUCGGCUCCGCACGAUUCGGAAGUGGUGUGGUCGUUGCACGACUGGCAGAUGGAAGUUGGUCGGCUCCCUCAGCCAUUGGAACAGUAGGAGGAGGCUUCGGUGGACAAAUCGGCUUCGAAGUUACCGACUUCGUCUUCAUCCUGAACGAUGCGAGCGCUGUGCGGACUUUCUCCCAAGUGGGUUCGCUCACCCUCGGAGGCAACGUCAGUAUUGCUGCGGGACCCGUGGGACGAAACGCCGAAGCAGCGGGCGCGGCGAGCUUGAAGGGCGUGUCUGGUAUAUUCGCAUACAGCAAGACCAAGGGUCUCUUCGCAGGUGUCAGUCUGGAGGGAAGCGUCCUGAUCGAGCGUAGAGACGCCAACGAGAAGAUGUACGGCAGGAAAUUGACGGCGAGGGAGCUGCUGGGAGGCAACGUGCCGGUACCACCACAAGCCGAACCUUUGACAAGAGUGCUGAACUCACGCGUCUUCGCGGGUGUGAGCCGGGCAGGCGACGAUGCCAUGUACAACGACGUCCCAGUCUACGACGAUUCGCACGAGGAUGUAGUGUGGCAGGGUAAGACCGGCUCCGCAUACGGCGAGGGCGUGAGGCGGGACAACACCGGCAUGGGCAGCAACGAUGAAUGGGCGUCUCGGGAUAAGAUCUCGAGAGCUUCGACUUGGGGCAACAGCGAUACCUACGGACGAGCCAACCCGAGCGAGACAUUCGACAGUCUGCAAGGCAGGACUCGAGCGCAGUCAAAUGUCACCGGCGAUCAAUCCGACUAUGUCUACAGUGAUCGCAAAGGACCAGCACCUGGUCGACCUUCAGCGCCAAAACCGGCUUUCAGCAGCGAGAAACCCAACUUCGGCAGGAAAGCAUCAGCCGGGCCAGGACAAGCGAUCGCGAAAUUCACAUUCGACGCAGACCAGCCCGGAGAUUUGGGAUUUAAAAAGGGCGACAUCAUCACGAUUGUGAAGCGAACGGAGAACGAAGCGGACUGGUGGACGGGCAGGAUAGGUGGCCGCGAAGGCAUCUUUCCCAGCAAUUACGUCGAGGUGGUCUGA